CAGCCGGAGUAACAUACCAGAGUAUUCUCACACAUCACAAUGGCCGCUAAAUACGUUGUCUUCGUCGCCUUCCUGGCUCUCGCACAUGGCUUCGUGAAACGCGACGCACCUUCUACAACCCCAUUCCAAGACUUGGAGAAACACGCCGCUGAGUUCCAGAAGACGUUCACUGAGCAAAUCAACUCAUUGGCCAAUUCAAAGAACACACAAGACUUCAACAAAGCCCUCCAGUCCGGUUCCAACGCAGUUCUACAGCAGUUGUCUUCUCUGUCCUCCAGCUUACAAAGCGCGCUGGUAGAUGCUAAUGGCAAGGCAAAGGAAGCUUUAGAGAACUCGCGUAAAAACAUUGAGAAGGCCGCUGAGGAUCUGCGCAAGGCUCACCCUGAGGUAGAGCAACAGGCCAACGCUCUCAAGGAAAAGCUCCAGGGCGCCGUCCAGAACGCUUUGCAGGAGACCCAGAAACUGGCUAAGGAAAUAGCAACCAACGUUGAUCAGACCAACCAGAAGCUUGCCCCCAAGAUCAAGGACGCAUACGAUGACUUCGUGAAGCAAACCCAGGAAGUAGGCAAGAAACUCCAUGAAGCUGCCAACAAGCAGUAAACAAACCCCGCCCACCCGCUGUACCACCACAUUUGUAUUGAAAUAAACAACGUUAGACUUUCU